AUGGGCCUGCGGCUGGACACGACUGGAUCGGAUCAGGAAGACGUCAGGACGGUCAUGCAAACAGCUCCAGUUCAACUAAAGACGAGGGAGCAGCGAUUACGAUGGUUCGGACAUGUCCUAAGAAGACCACAGAGCCACCCGAUAAGGAAGGCAAUGGAGUUUGAGGCGCAAGGCAAGCGACCACGGGGAGCCUCAAAGAAGAGAUGGCGGGACGUGAUCAAGAAGGACCUCGCCGAAGCCAAGGUGACGGCAGAAGAUGCCGUAAAUAGAAUGAAAUGGAGACGACUGAUAAGAACAGCGGACCCUGCGACGGCGCGGGACUAA